CCAACGAAGAAAAUCAAUACUUAAACAGUGAUGUAUUCAUUCGUCUUUUUAAAAUGAGAACGUGACAAAACAUUGCAUAUAAAACUCAUCGAAGAAACUAUUUUAUUUAAAAAAUAUAUCUAUUGAAGCUUGAUGCUCAUUUUUUAUUUAUUUACAUAGUGAUGAAGAUUCUCAUAGUUACGGCGUGGUAGAACAUUCUGCGUGUUUGAUUAUCGCCCUUUCCGCAAAAUAUUACUGUUAAAGGUUAUUGUUGAUUGAGGUAAAAAAUAUACAUUAUACAACACUAAUUAUAAGUUAAAAUGGAAGAAAUUAAUGGCGAGCUUUAUGGGGAUGGCCUUGUUAGUCUUGGCGAUGAAGGUUCUUUGGAAGCUUCUGAUAAUGGAAAACAAGAACAAAAUUGUAAAAUUUGCGACAAUAAACUAUGCAGUCCUCGUGUAUUGUCAUGCCUUCAUGUAUUCUGUGAAGUAUGCAUUGACAAAUUGAUGGUAAACGAAGCUGGAGAUUCUCUUAAAUUUGAUUUAGCGGUUGAAUGCCCCAUGUGUAAACAAGAAACUAAGGUGAUGCCAGGAGGAGGAGCUGCAUCACUCCCUUCAGACUAUGUUCUUACUAACAUCUUGGAUGUUUCCUCCAUGGAUCAGUCUGUUGUUUGCACUUGCUGUAAGAGUAAAGAGCCAGCUGUUGCCAGAUGCACCGAUUGCUCUCAUUUCUUAUGUUCCAACUGCAACUCAGCUCAUGAGUUCAUGAGGUGCUUUGAAAACCAUCGCGUUGUUCCAUUCGACGCCUUAAGAUCGUCCAAAGAAAAGACGGCUGUACAUAAGCCAAUUUUCUGCACACGUCAUGUAGGUGAAAGCCUUAAAUUUUACUGUUGCGAGUGUGAGGUAGGUGCUUGCACAGAAUGUCUAACAGUUGAUCAUAAAGUAGGAGAACAUCGUUGUGAGCGCAUUGUUGAUGCGGAACCAAAUCUCCGCGCUGAGCUUAGGAAUUUUAUUGUCGAAGCAAAUGCUCGUGCAGUUUCAGCUGGGAGUGCAUCAGCUAGACUUGAUGAUGCUUUAGGCGAUUUGCAACGCCAAAGAGAUGAUGCUGAAAGUGUCAUUAAUGAAGCUUAUCACGCAUACAAAGCAGCUCUCGAAAGACGUCGUGAGAAAGCUUUGGAAGAACUGGAGAGACUGCACAAAGAAAGAGAACUUAAAGUGAUGGAUUUGUUUGAUCGCGUCGAUAAAACCGUACAACGUAUAGAUUGCGCUUGCAAAUUUGCUGCGAGACUUCUUCGAAGAGGUGAUGGAACCGAAAUUGUAAUGUUGAAGAAAAUUGUAGCAUCUCAAUUUGCGCGACUUUUGGAAGGUGCUCCUGAAUUUGACGUCGACUAUUCUGUGGAGUUUGUUACUAAACUGGAAAAAUUCGAUUCGAUAGCAGAAGAUACAUUUGGAACAUUCCGCACUGAAGCAACUAGAGCGGAGGAAAGAAAACGUGCAAGCGAAUCUUCGGCUAUAGUUUCAGUCGCUUCCAAUGCUCAUUCGCCGGCUGUGUCAGUGACAAAUGCACCUGUUUUCGAUGAUUUUCCUCUGGGAAAUGUUCGUCGGGUUACAGGUGUUAGCAACAUGGUGGGUGUUCCAGGAGUUGGAGGUGUUCCAGCUAUUGGUGUACCGGGAGUGGGUGCGGUACCAGGAGUGGGAGCCGUGGGAAAUACCAGCGUUAUAUCCGGGGUAGUCAACGUUAAUAGCGGUGUUGGCGCUGUAACGGGUGUUGGUGGAGUUUCAGCGUUGCCGUCAAUGGUAGAAUACAACUUGCAACAACUGGCUAGCAUCGCUGAGAAAGAAGUUCCACCGCCACCUCAUGCAUCACCGGCUCCAUCUUUUACUCUUGCUGAGCUGCUCGCUGGAGACCUUAACUCGCCUCAAGCUUACAAUAACUUGCAAGCACUUGCUAAACUCGGAUUGAAUACUGAAGUCAACGGUUUUGGAGGAGUUGGCGGUGUUGGUGGAAUCGGAGGAGUAGGUCCUCGUGGAGUGUCUCCUGGUAGACCUUUGCUGACUGCUGCCGAAGAAGCUGCGCUUGUUGCGCCGCCAGCACCACUAGUCCGGGCUACUAAAGCUACUCCUAUGCAUAUUAGAUUCAAAUUCGGGCAACUCGGCGGAGGCAAGGGCCAAUUUAAUUCACCACAUGGAUUUUGCCUAGGCAAUGACGAAGACAUCAUUGUUGCAGAUACUAAUAAUCAUCGCAUUACGGUCUUUGACAAAUCUGGCAGUCACAAGUUUAAUUUUGGCGUCGCUGGUAAAGAAGAGGGUCAACUUUGGUAUCCACGUAAAGUUGCCGUGGUUCGAGCUACAGGAAAAUUUGUGGUCUGCGAUCGUGGAAACGAAAGAUCUCGAAUGCAAAUUUUCACCAAAAAUGGACAUUUCUUAAAGAAGAUCGCUGUGCGCUUUAUCGAUAUUGUCGCGGGUUUAGCUGUCACUGCUGAAGGACUCAUUGUUGCUGUCGACAGUGUGACUCCUACAGUUUUUAUCUUAUCUGAAGAGGGCGAUCUCCUGAGUUGGUUCGAUUGUAGUGAAUGCAUGAGGGAGCCGUCGGAUAUCGCAAUUAGCGGCAAGGAAUUCUACGUCUGCGACUUCAAGGGGCACUGCGUCGUAGUGUUCGACGACGAGGGUCACUUCCUGCGCCGCAUCGGCUGCGAGAACGUGACCAACUUCCCCAACGGCAUCGACGUGUCGGACGCGGGCGACGUGCUCAUUGGAGACUCGCACGGCAACAAGUUCCAUGUCGCCGUAUUCUCGCGGGAGGGCGUUCUCGUCACCGAGUUUGAAUGCCCCUACGUCAAGGUUUCUCGCUGCUGUGGACUUAAGAUUACAUCUGAAGGUUAUAUCGUCACUCUGGCUAAGAAUAAUCACCACGUUCUAGUCCUCAACACCCUUUACAUUGUCUGAGGAAUAACUCAAUGGCUGUAAGUCUGCUUACUACAAGAUCUCACAUUUAUUCCUUAUAUUAUUAUAUUUAAUUGCUGAUUUUACAAAGCUUAAAUUUUUGCUAAAACAGUAUUCGACUUACUUUGUUGUUUUGUGUUUUCCAUUAUAGUUAAAUUUUAUCCAUUCGUGGUGAUCUGUGGUAAUCCUUUUUUUUCUAUGUAUUUUUUUCCCUUAUGUUGUGGAAUUUGAAUUAAGGAUUGAAUAGAUGUCACUGCUGAUGGAUAUAUAUGAUUCCCAAAGUACUAGACUCUUUCGUUUUUGGUUUAAUUCAUCUCACGAUUUUUAUUAUGGUUGCAUUUAGUUGUUAUUAUUAACAAACAAUCCAAAGUUUAGGCUAAUAUCUCUUUUUUUUACAUAUGUUAUUGUCCAGUCAAUAUGCAUGAAAGAAGGAUAAUAAAUUUGAUUGUAGAGUUCUCAUAUUUAGGAGAAUUCGAUAUAUUUAAUUUCGAAUCGAUUGUUUUGGUUCCAUUAGUAAAUUAGACGUUCCAUCGUUUAUAUGAUUACUUUGUGUUGUGAUCAAGAAAUAGAGCUCGGCUCACUAUUGUUGCGUGAUUUAAGGCUCACAAUUGUAUGUUAUAAACAUUGUUUUUCACUGCCAAAUAUGAUUGGUCUAUGAUCAAAACAUAGCGUAUUUGCACUUCUGACCAUUGACUGGAAUUACGAUUAUGUUUCUAAAUUUAGCAGCUGGUAUGGUUCCUAGUUCGAGUGAAGUUAAUAAUACAUGUCAAUUAGGGGUCUGCGUGGGAGUGUCGCCUCAUUAUCUUUGCGUUACUCCAUAACAUAUUCGAUAAUACAUUUUGACUUCAGAGCUUACAGUAUUGGCAUUUUUAUGAUCUCUGCAGCCUGCAUUCGAACAGAUACGUCUAACGCACAAUUGAGUUUAUUGUUAACAAAAUUUUAUUAUUAUUAUUAUUAUUAUGACCAAAGGAGGCGACACUAAAAUAACGUGCCAUCUAGUUUAGGUUAAUCGCGUAUACAAUAUUAUAUAUUGUCCGUUAAAAUAUAUUUACCAUUUACAGAUUUCUUGUGUCUAUACAAAACGUUUUUUCAUGUACUCUUGUUUUAAGAGCCUAUAUUUGAAAAUUUUCAUGGGUAGGCUAUUAAUAAUGAUAUAUACGAUUUGGUUAAUUUAAAUUUAUCUGAAGCUAAUUAUAUUGGGAAGACAUUGUUAUUAAACAUAAAAUAAUUUUGUACUGAUAAUAAUGAAAAAAAUAUUACAAACUGUUUAUGUGGCAUUUUCGUGGAUAUAAGUCGCAAUAAUUAUAAUUUAAAAUUUAAUUUAAAAUAAUUAAGAUAACUUAUUACAUUAUAACACGGGUGAAAAAAAUGUCACAAAUGUAUAGUGAUUUCCAGUUCAUCUUAUUUGAUCGUUGAAUAUUAUUAUUAAAUAAUAAAAAAUAUAUACAUGAAUGUGCCAUUAUAAACAAAUUUUAUUUCUACAAAUUAAUGCGUUUGAAAUUCGUAUACAGUUCGCCAAAGUAUAUAUUUUUAUAGCUAUCCACAUUUAAUAUUCAAAAUUGAGAUUCAUAAAAUUUUUAGAUAGUAGACAAAAAAAAAAUGUUAAAAUUGUGGUUAGUAGUGUAAAAUUACAUCAAACAUAUUCGUGUAAAAUAUUUCUUUGUUCAUCUAUUUUAAAUGUCUGAUGUAUAUUAAAUAUUAACAUUGAUAAUAAUAUGGUGAUUAAAUGUAUGGCAAUCGUAAUGACGCUAUUUGCAAAAAAUAUAUAAAAUUUAACCUGUCAAGGCUUUCGUCUUCCAAAGAUUAGUGAUUGUUUUAUUAUUAUUAUUUUUUAUAUAUUUUAAAAUUAAUGUUACGUUAUUUGUGGUAAUGAGCUCACCACAUAAGAAAACGAAAGUCUUAAUAUAUGAUGUCAUUAUCGAUUCGCAAUACUUAAUCCAUGUUUAUAAUUGAAGUACUUAACCAGACCACCUAAAUUUGUGUGUGAUAUUUUGUUUACAAAUUGUUAUAUAAUUUGCUCUCUAAUUUCAUGGAUCAUUCAAGUUAAAAGACACUAAAAAAACAUCUUGAAUAAUUCGAAAUAUGAUUUUUUGGAUAAUUUAAGUUCCUGUAUUUUCUUUUAUAUUAUUAGAACGUUAAGAAUCAUUAUUAUAUUAUUUUGUGUUAAUUUUAUAUACAGAACCAAUACAGUGUUUUGCUGAGCCAUAUUAUUAUCACUUAUUAAAAAAAAAAAUAGCAAUUCACUAGUAAUAUAAUAUAAAAUGUAAAUUAAUGUAUGUACUUAAUUAGAAAUAUUUGUUUAAUUUGUUGUAUAUUGGAACAGUUCUAAAAUACAUUACAACAUUUAAUGUGAUAUAAGCAAUAAUAGGGAGACAUAUGAAUACACAAUAGAAGACUUCAACCGAUCGAAGGAAGUGCGAGGGAAUGCUGGCCUGAACCAGUGAUAAGUUAAUUUUUGACGUUGAGUCUUGAAUCCUCUAUUAUAUUAGUGAGUAACUUUUGGGUUUAUUUUUCUUAUUGUUUUUAAGUUAUUUGUUUCAGGAUUUUUGUCCCGAUAGUAUUAGGGAAUUUUAUUUUCUUUAUUUUUUUUAAAUUAGGUUAUAAAUGAGUCAUUACCCUUCGUGGAUGAUAGGUGUGAUUAAUACUCUGAUUUCGUCGUAUAACUGUUUCGUUUUAAUAUAUGUUCCGGGCCUAUAUUUAUAGUAUUUUUGGCCAGUGCGAUGGGCCUUUAGAGUUACGAAUUUUUACUGCCAAAUUAUUUUCUUACGAUAUUUGUGCAUGCACAUAGUAAUUAUUUUAUUGUAUAAUAUUGUAAAAUUAGUUACUAAUUGUUGCCAAUUUUUUUUUUUUGUUUAUAAAUAUUCAGGAUUUUAAUACUAUUAUAAUGUUCAAUUUUUAUUUGUUGUCCAUUAAUCAAAAUUAUUGGGUGUUAGUGACGUAAAAUUAACCGAAAUAGACCUUAUAGGCCCCAAAGGGAGCGUUUGACGCUAUUAAUAAUAUUGCUUAGGGUUGCAUAAAAUUAUUAAAAAGUGGUGUGAUAAGUUUUGGAUAAUUUUACAAAUUAUACUAUUUUAUGUGUGAAUUUCAAUAUUAAUAAAUUUGAAGUUUUAAUAUAUAUGUGUAAUUUUUGAAAUAAUUACAUCGGCUUUAUUAUUUUUGGCCGUAUGUUCUAAAGUAUUAUCAUUUGUAUAAUUAUUAAUUUUACCUUAAACUUGAAUUACUUUGGUGAUAUAUCGUUGACAAUGUUUCCUUUUGUUCUUGCCAUGUAUCUUAUGUAGGCGUCGGCGUAGAAGUUUAUGUAGAUGUUAGUAUUUUUCAAUUGAUAUACAAAGAGCAGUACGACGUUUGCCCUAGGAUGGUGUUGUUAGUGUUUGUUAGAGGGCGCGGCCGAGGGCUUGUACUGGCUCUCCCGCUGGCUGUACAUUCUUGCCGUAGCAAGUAAGCACUUAGUCAUGGGGUAAUGGCAGGUCAAAUGGUAUCUAUUGUCCAUUGACAUUACUUGAUAAUAAUUGUAUCAUUAGAGUACAUUACAGUAGCCUUUCUCGGGAAUCUUAAAAGUUACCUAUAUACACUUUAAAGCAAUUUUUGGUAAAUAUAUUUCUCUUGAAUCUAUAUUCCCUAUGUAUCCAGCAAUAAAUAACUUCAGUAGAUGUAGUUAUUGCGUUACGGGGCACUCGAUUGAGGAUACUUCGUCGGAGUUGUCGCAUCGCUAUCGUUGGAGGAUGUAAUGCGAUGCGGUGGGCUCUAUGACACAGUUAUGAAGUUUAGUGCUACGGAACGUAAUAUUUGUAGGGUUCGCAGCGCACAAGGUGAGCUCUAAUGUUACCCUCCCUAUUGGAGGUGGGCGUAUUGCCUAUGUUGUGGCACCAAGCACAGCUCGAUGGUUCCGGUGGAGUUGGCAUAUAACAGUACUCUCAUCACUUAUCGGACCGUAUUAAAAUGACUGUGGGUGGGGUUUGGCCAAUUUUACUUUUCGUCAUAUAGUCUUCGGUCUGGUUAGGGCACAGAAAGCUGAUCACCUGCUUGCCUAACAAGUAUAGUGAUCGAACGAAUAGUUGGAAUAUUGUUUGUAAUAUGUUAUCGCUGUACGACACAGUUACUAUAUAAAUAUACCGAAGUAAUAGUCAUCAAAAUAUUUUCACUAUAUUAUAAGAUAUAUUUAGCAUGUUUAAUGUUUUUAGAUUUCUUCACCCACCUUUAACACCACCGACUUAUUUGGUCUCUCCACUUUUUUGAAAACCAACAAUUAAGGUUGUGAGCUCUAUUCCGAUCGGAAUUUAUAAGCCACAGUGUGCUUGUGCAAUAAAUAUCACAGUUUGGAUCUAGGCUUUUAAAUUAUUAUAGAUUAUAUACAUUGUUGAGCUGAUUAUAAAAAUUUAUUAUACCUUUUAAUAUUGUUAAAGAAUUCUAAUUGCAUUCCACAUCUAGAGUGAACGAAUUUGAGAAGACCAUUUUCAAUCUACAUUAUACAAGUUAUUUUUUUUACAAUUGUAGGAUUAUUAGCAGUUGCCAAUGUUUUUUCCUUUAGUCAGUAAAAGUACAAAUAUUUUAAUAUACAAUUCUUGGUAUUUACGUAUUGUAGUAUCUUAUUUUUUAGUUCAUUUGAUUCAUUAACUAUAAGCAUAAUUUUUCAUUUAAACGGCCAUUUAGAUAUUCUCAUCACGCAAAUUAUUCAGUAAAUAACAAAACAUAUCAUAAUGAAUCUAUUUGUAUCUCUCACAAUACGCCACAUGUAGACAAAAAUGUUUGUUUUACCUUUCAUGGUGUGCUUAAAAAAGUUUUUAGGUUUUUAGUGCACAUGCACUGGAAAUUGCAACAUUUUCGAAGAAAACUACCGCACCCAACGCACGCUGACUUUAGAUUGCUUACAUUUGUCGUAAUGUGAGAAUGAUUUUAUUUUGUUCACAUAAAAUACGCAACAUCCGUAUUUUUAUUUCGGUUUAGAUAUAAUAUGUUAAAAUGGCGUGUUUUAAUAGAUUUAAGUAUACGUUAGGUUUACCACUUUUUAAUUUUCUUGUCAUUUUAUGUUUACAAUUUAAAUUUAUUUUAAUUUGUGUUUGUGUGAAAGGUGCAUGUUCCAAAUGCAUAUUUUAUUUUGAUCCAAAGAUUUCUAAUAAUGCUUAUAAUUUAAUUAGUUAUUUUAACUUUUUUGAUAUGAAAAUGACAUUUGUGGAGUGUGCAUUGGUAUUUGAUAUUAGAAUUUAAAGAUUAUUUCCGUAGAGUUGGUGCAGCUGAGCAAAUGUCUAUUAUAUUCUCAGAAGAAUAUAUUGCUCAAUAAUUUUAUUCUGUUAAAAGUAUUUUAAAUUUAGGAAUAGUCCACAUGGGGUAUAUAAUCUUACAGACAAUACCCUCCGUAAAGUUUGAAAAUUGUAAAAGUUAAAGUUUUAUUAGAUGUAGUAGCCUUGAAAGCAGCUUGCCAUAAGAGCAAGUUGUAUGGGGCGCCAGCAGCAUUGACGCAUGGGACUCGUUUCUGAAAUCAUUUUCUAAGCGGUUUACCCCAUUUCUGACCUCAUUAAUUCUGUUCACACCGGUCCAUAACGUUCCUAAAGCGUCUAUCGAUUAAUCGAUUGCAUACUUUCCGUAUUUUCAAUAAAGAAGCUUAGAUAAUGUCUUCAGUGCGUCUUGUGCGAUGAUGUUGACUAAAUUAUUUUGCCCCACAGUCAACGAAAAUAUUGUUAUUCAUACAGGAGUCUUUGCUGCAUUGUGCCUAGAUCUUAGAAGUUAAUAAUAUCGAGGUAGAGUUAAUCUCAAAUAUUUUGGCUCUUUGAAUAUUCCAUGAUAUUAUUUUGUUUUUCAUGAAAAUGUAUUUACAUUAUUAUACAUUCAUACACUUAGUAAUUAUUGUAUACAUGAAUAUACAUUGCGUAGUUUGUAACUUGAUUUUAUUGUAAAAUUAAGAUGCCCAACUAGUUUUUAUGUAUGUCCACUACGUACGGGAGGAAUUGAUUGCGCUACAUUGAAAUCAUCUUAUUUGGCUCACCAUAUUUUCGUGUGGACAAACGUAUUAUUUGUUUUUUGACUAGUUGAUCAUCUUACUUUGACCAAAUUUAUUCGCUGCGAGUUUUGCGUGAGAAUUUGGACGGUCGCGAAACUCGUUCUAUUGCUAGAGUUCGAAUUGUCACGUGAUCUUUGUGGUUUCUUAAGAAUUAAGUUUAUUAUGUAUCGUGAACUGUGGCCAGGAUAACAACAGCACAGAGCAGUGUAAUUCAGAGCCUGCCUAAAAUAUAUUUUUGUCAUGAUUUUAUUUAGGUAUAUACAUGUUAUUAUUCACAUAUUACAGUUUUCUCAAUAUUAGCUUGUAUUUUAAUUAAGAAAUAAUCAUAUUUAACAUUGCCAGGUGAUCAGCAACCUGCACUUUAAUAUUUUUGGAAACUAUUGAACUUAAAUUGUACUGACUUUAUAAAUAUAUUUACUUCAAUAAAGAUUUUCCAUGCCACUAUGA